AUGUGUUUGCCAAUAAGUCCUCAGUCAGCAGUAGUUGGAAUUCACAGCAUUCUUGGCAGCAUAAUUCUCAAGUUAAAUAUUGACUUCAGUGUGAUUCCAUCAAGUUAUUCCAAGUAUGCUGAUGUCGAAGAAAAAACAGGUCCCGGUAGUCACCAAUCUAGGUCAUUUAAAUUCCUUCAAGAUACACUUGACAGUGGACAAGAACCACCACAAGCUCCAGGGACAGUUAAUGCCCCUUGGAAGAGGACAAAUGGAGACCAGGAUGAAGGGAUAAAAUUUGAUGCUCAGGGUAAACUUUUGUACCGUCCCUCAGAAACAUUUAAGCUUGUGCAUGAGCAGGAAAAUACAUCGGAACAGCAGGAAAAACCUGCUGAUGUAAAACAAACGAGGACAAUUAAACAGUUAGAGAAACAGCUUGGAGAAUCAGAUAAUAUAAAGGAUAGUGAAUCUUCUGCUACAAGUCCAAGAAAUUUUGGAGAAACUAACAUACAAUACCCUUCGGAAACCUUCCAGCUGGUUCAUGAACAUGAGCUCCGCCCAUAUAAAGCAGAAAUACGCGUUCCAGAACAUUCACGUUCAUUUAAAGAGUUAGAACGUCAGUUAUGUGACCAGCCUGUCUCACAGCCUGCAAGAGCGCCACCAGCACCAAAGCCAGGUGUAUGGACUCCAGGACAGGGAGGAGGGAGUGCCCCACCUGCCAAACCAUUUACUCCUAAUGUUGCCCCACCUCCACCUCAAGCUCCACGGGGAGCCCCACCCAAACCUACAGGGGUGGGUGCAGUGAGGGGUAAGCUUGGAGACGCUGUUGUUAAGACAGGAGAUGGAGGAAGGGUACCCAUUUGUGCCUCAUGUGGAAGUCCCAUCAGAGGACCAUUUGUUGUUGCAAUGGGUAAGAGCUGGUGCCCGGAUCACUUUAUCUGUGCCAAUCCUCGCUGUGGGGAGAAACUGAUUGAUAUUGGCUUUGUUGAGGAGAAUGGAUUCCUCUACUGUGAGAAAGACUAUGAGCUCUACUUUGCACCUCACUGUGCCAAGUGUGAAGCUGCCAUUAUUGGGGAAUGUGUAAAUGCUCUCAACAAGCAAUAUCACCCGAAGUGCUUCUUGUGCCAUCAGUGUAAGCAACCAAUUGGAGGCACACAGUUCCAUCUAGAAGAUGGAAACCCAUACUGUGAGAACGAUUGGCGUCAACUUUACCAGACUAUGUGCUCUUCUUGUAAUUUCCCAAUUGAACCCGGUGACAAAUGGGUUGAAGCUUUGGGAAAUAACUACCACUCUGAGUGCUUCAACUGCUCUACUUGCCAGGUGAAUUUGGAAGGUCAAGCAUUUUAUGCCAAAUCUGGAAAACCUUACUGCAAGAAGCAUGCACGAUAAGCACAGGGAGAUAACUCUAGGAUAUUCAAGUUGUGUAACCAUAGUCACCUUAGUGCUGCGCCUCUUGUGUGUGAUCUCCCUGGAACGCAUUGUAUUGUUAUUAUCUCUGUAAAACCUCAAAUUGUUUACAUAUAUCUCAGUGAAGUUAGGUGAAAGAGCUUACUUAUUGUAUUUAACCAAUGCAUUAGGAAAAUACACUGAACCAUUUUUAGUAAAAUUGCUUAGAAGUUUAGAAAAUAUAAAAAGCUUCACUGACAUUACCAUGUAAAUAUGUUGACAGUUUUAGGACAUUAGUAUGCAUGACAGUGUAAGAUUUCAGUGGGAGUUCUCAAUGUGUUAUCACCUCUCAUAUGUCCACUAUAUUAGUAUUGCAUGCAUGUGUACAUCAGAAAUUGUUGACAGCAUUUACAUUGAGCUAAAUGUCCUAACCCCCUUAGAUCUUAUGUAAGGAUUUACCUGUAUAAAAUGCUUUUAUUUUCAGACCUUUCUACCUUACAUAGUAGUUGGAACCAUCCACUUGUAUAGAUAUACGGUGAUAAAUGUGUAAAAACUAUUUUCAAAAUUAACCCAUGUGUUUCAAGAUUGUUCUAUUUGAUUUGAGUGGGAUUUUGUAUUUGUACACAUUUUAUGUUUUGUAACUAAGUGGUGUAAAAUCAUUUUUUUUAAAUAGAAGACAGAAUAGACAAUUCAUCAAAAAUUUUAAAAGAUGUUUCAACAAAGUUUACAAAAGUGGUCUGCUACGAAAUUAUCAAAGUACUGAAAGGACAGUGGUAAAGUUGCUAAAUGUGCUUGAAAGCUGAAAUAGAACUUACAAAUGAAGUGUUAGCUUGAGGUUAGAAAUGUUUUUGUUAGAGUUUAACUGUAUAGUGAAGAUGUUUAUAUUUUUAAGAGCAUAUUUAUAUUGUAAUCAUGUAUACACUUUAUCGGAUGUGAUAUAUUCAACAAGACUUAUGCAUAAUUGUCUAUAUUUGCUCCAAAAUGUCGCAUUUGUUUUUUCAUUUAACUGAUGCCAAGUUUGGUUCAGAAUUGAAAAUGAGUGUGCCAGUAAACUGUCUUUGAAAAGAGGGUAUCAGAUUGCAGAAUAUUUCAAUUUUACUAGUUCUAUGACAGAGCAGGUAUAUAUACGCACUUCCAAAUGACAGUGUAUUAACACAUGGAAGCAUGUGCCAUGUAUUUAAAUGUGUCAAAAUUUUAAGCUUACCCAAGAUGAUAGAAUUUGACAGUUGUAGAAUAUUAUUGAUCUUUUAUUUUUAAUUGAAUUGUAAGAGUUUUGUUUUUGAGUUCCGUGUGAAAUGUUUCCUUCAGCUAUGAUACCUCUUACAUUUAUGUAAAACUGUUUAAACAAGUAGAUAUCAUAUAAAAGCACUGAAAUAGCCAAAUUCCAAACUUACGUGGUAUACAGUACUGUGCUCAUUGUUUACAUAUUUUAUGGUAAUUUAAUAUUGAUUUUGUACAUGUAUAUAUCAGUUCACCACAGCUGUUAAAGGAGUGUUUUUUUCUACAUUUUCUGUAUAUUUUAUUGUAUGAAUCCUUUAAACUUUUCAUGGCUCUUUUCUUUAUUUAUGCUUUUUAUGUAGGUCAGACACAUAUCAUGUUAAAUAAAUAGUGCCUUUAUUGUACUGGCUAGGUGUUGAAUUAUGAUAUAUAUCACUGCAUUGAGUCCAGAUAUUAACUACAGUUGUACAGUGCGGUCUUAUUUUGAAGUUUGUUAAAGUAAUGUUUCAGAACUAUCGGCUGGCUUAGCUUGAUAUUCAAGCUCGCUGAAUGGGGGUACAAAAUAAUGACUUGUCUCCUCUUUGAAAAUGCUGAGUGCUUACAUCGCAAGCUGUUCAUUGUAAUAAAAAAGGACAAAGGUACCAAGCAUAUAACGUGAAAGUUCAAUUAAAACUAGACAGGGAAGUUGAUCAGUAAUUAGAACAAAAAGAAUUUCGAAUCUCAUUCGUUACUGAACAGUAUAGUUGAUGAAGUCAUCACUUUGUCUCAAAUUAAAUGUAGUUUUAUGUGAUCAUUUUUAUUUUUUUUUAAAGACAGUGACUGUAAUGUUCCACAGAGAAGUCAUUUAAAUAUAGGGUACAUAAUGUGUUGCCAGUAUUAAGUCACUGCUCUUGGUUUGUGUAUCUAUCACAUCCCAGAUGUUAAGAAAUAAAAGAGUAUAAUGUUUCCAUGGUACAAAUUGUUUUACACAUGUAAUAUCAGAUGGAAUCAUACAUUUUAUUACAUCAUAUAUACAUAACUGCUAGUCCAGAAUGUGCAAAUAGGUACUAAAGGAUCGGGAUUUGAGUGCUGUUCCAGUUUUUCUAGACUGUCUUGCGUCUACUCAGUGCAAUUAAAACAAUUUUUAUAUCACAGUAAUAGUUUAUCAUAAAAUAUUUGGUAGAGCUAAACUCUUAUCAAUGACAAUUUGUUUAUGAAAUCCAGGUUACAUCAAAAUAUUUAAAGCAUUACAGCUAUAAGUUGGAUUUAUUGUGUAGUUACUUGACAUUUUACAACUCUGUUUUAACACUUCCACAAACAAAUUCUGUCAGUUGAUUGAGACUGAACUAAAUGUUUUCACACAGUGUUUCGACUGUUAGUGUUCUCUAGCACUACUUGAAAGAUAAAGUAUCCGUGUCAUUUUCAUCUUGGAUAAUUGUUAAAAAACCUCAAGAGAGAGAGAGAGCUUUUGCCAAACUUAAAUAAAUAUUUCGAAUCUUUCCUGCUCGUUAAUGGGAGAAUGCCUGUUGUAAGUCAGGCAAAUUAUAUGGUACUGGUUACCUCCCCUGUAAACAUUUCUCAUGGUGGUCUCAUUUUAGGACAAGUUGACUCUUGAGGGAUGGAAAAUGGGGGAUGGUUUACAGAUAUGAAAUUUGAUAACUUUUUAAUGAGAAAAAUACUUAAUGUUUUAAAUUAGUAAUACAUUUUUUUUAAGAUAAAUAUUUUUUGUCUGAUGUGCUUUAAUUUUUCCCUGCUUGUUUUUUAUGUAGAAAAAUUCGGAGACUAAAGAAAAGCAGUUUUUGAUAAAAAUGUUAUUCUUAA